GCUCCCUGGCUGCACCAGGGUCGCGCCCGAGCGGGGUGCGAACCCGCCCCUCCGCGUCUCGGAGGCCACCUGGAAGAGCCGGGACGAACGCCCGAGCGCCUCAAAAAAGACGGCGACCGCGCGGAGGCGCAGAGCCGCCGGAGCGGGCUGCGCGCAGCACCCGGAAGCCCUCCCGGAUCCCCCUGCGGCGGCCGCGCGGCCCCGGACAUGCGCAGUAGUGUCCCUGGCGGCGGCGGCGGCGGCUCGGUCCGCGGCGACUCGCAGCCGGAAGGUCCGGCCGCCUCGGGCUGCCCGACGCUGCCCGCAUCAUGUCGGCCCAGGGCGACUGCGAGUUCCUGGUGCAGCGAGCCCGCGAGCUGGUGCAGCAGGACCUGUGGGCCGCCAAGGCGUGGCUCAUCACGGCCCGCAGCCUCUACCCCGCCGACUUCAACAUCCAGUACGAGAUGUACACCAUCGAGCGGAACGCCGAGCGGACGGCCACCGCCGGGAGGCUGCUCUACGACAUGUUUGUGAAUUUCCCAGAUCAGCCGGUGGUAUGGAGAGAGAUCAGCAUUAUUACGUCAGCGUUAAGGAAUGAUUCACAGGAUAAACAAACCCAGUUUUUAAGAAGUUUAUUUGAAACUCUUCCUGGUCGGGUCCAGUGUGAGAUGUUACUAAAGGUUACAGAACAAUGCUUCAACACUUUGGAACGAUCAGAAAUGUUGCUUCUACUUUUGAGACGAUUCCCUGAAACAGUGGUGCAACAUGGGGUUGGCCUCGGGGAGGCACUAUUAGAGGCUGAAACUAUUGAAGAACAAGAAUCUCCUGUUAAUUGCUUUAGAAAAUUAUUCGUGUGUGAUGUCCUUCCUCUAAUAAUCAACAACCAUGACGUGCGGUUGCCCGCCAACUUGCUGUAUAAGUACUUGAACAAAGCAGCUGAAUUUUACAUCAGUUAUGUCACUAGGUCUACUCAGAUAGAGAAUCAGCACCAAGGUGCCCAAGAAACAUCUGAUUUAAUGUCACCGAGCAAACGUAGCUCCCAGAAGUACAUAAUAGAAGGGCUGACUGAAAAAUCGUCCCAGAUUGUGGACCCUUGGGAGAGGUUGUUUAAGAUUUUGAAUGUUGUUGGAAUGAGAUGUGACUGGCAGAUGGAUAAAGGAAGACGAAGCUAUGGUGAUAUUUUGCAUAGGAUGAAGGAUCUCUGCAGAUACAUGAACAACUUCGAUAACGAAGCUCAUGCAAAGUAUAAAAACCAAGUGGUUUAUUCCACGAUGUUGGUCUUCUUUAAGAAUGCGUUCCAGUAUGUCAGCAGCAUACAGCCGUCUCUGUUCCAAGGUCCUAAUGCCCCGAGCCAGGUUCCACUGGUUCUUCUGGAGGACGUAUCAAAUGUGUAUGGUGAUGUAGAAAUCGAUCGCAGUAAUAAACACGUACAUAAAAAGAGGAAACUAGCUGAGGGAAGAGAAAAGACCAUGCAGAGUUCAGACGACGAAGACUGUUCAGCAAAGGGAAGGAGCCGUCACGUCGGCGUCAGUAAGGCCGAGCUUGCCAACUCGGUGGAGGUGUUGGAGAGCUUUAAGCUGGCCAGAGAGAGCUGGGAGCUGCUCUGCUCCCUGGAGUGCCUGGACAAGGAAUUUACAAGAAUUUGUUUGGCGUGGAAGACAGAUACUUGGCUUUGGUUGAGAAUCUUCCUCAAUGAUAUGAUCAUCUACCAGGGUCAAUACAAAAAGGCCAUAGCCAGCCUGCACCACUUGGCUGCUCUCCAGGGAUCACUUCCUCAGCCACAGAUCUCAGGACAGGGGACCUUGGAGCAUCAGAGGGCACUCAUCCAGCUGGCGACCUGCCACUUUGCUCUGGGGGAGUACAGAAUGACGUGUGAGAAGGUCCUUGAUCUGAUGUGCUACAUGGUCCUGCCCAUCCAGGAGGCAGGCAAGUCCCAGGAAGAGCCCUCAAAAGUAAAGCCCAAGUUUCGAAAAGGUUCAGAUCUGAAGCUUCUGCCCUGUACCAGCAAGGCUAUCAUGCCCUACUGCCUGCACUUAAUGCUAGCUUGUUUUAAGCUCAGAGCCUUCACGGACAGCAGGGACGACAUGGCGCUGGGGCAUGUGAUCGUGCUGCUUCAGCAGGAGUGGCCGCGCGGAGAGACCCUCUUCUUGAAAGCCAUCAAUAAGAUUUGCCAGCAAGGAAACUUCCAAUAUGAGAAUUUUUUCAAUUAUGUUACAAACAUCGACAUGCUGGAGGAGUUUGCCUACCUGAGAACUCAGGAGGGCGGGAAGAUCCACUUGGAGCUGCUGCCAAACCAGGGAAUGUUGAUCAAGCCUUCUAGCCCUCCCAUGGGGUUACUGCAGCAGGAAUUCUUACCUGUGCUUCAGCCCAGCAUGCAGACUGCUGACAGGUACCAAGUGGACACACCUGCUCAUAGUGUACUGUCUGUCGACAUGUUUUUACUGCCCAUGGUUUUCAGCUCUCUGUUCCUCAGUGCUCUUUUUCAUGCUUUAUUUACUUUUUUAAUUUGUUCUGCAUUCCUUGGCAAACCAUCUGGUUGUAAUAUUGUAACAUUUCUUAUUUUUUUCCAUAAGUUGCCAGUGUUUUUGUGUUCAAUUUAAAAAUCAUUAUGGAUCUGGAAAUAAGUGAACAUUAUAUAAAACUAAGAUGAAGUGCACUUUCGAUUAGACACUAACCUGUGAUUCUCAUUUGGUAAAACUUAAGGCAUUUGGUCAUAAAUAUUUAAGGAUGCUGAAACUUAUUCUAAGUAAAUUUUUAUUCUUGGUUUUUCGCAUCAGUGACCAAUGUUGAGGUUUUGGUCUCAAUGGGCAUUAGCACAGCACUUUCCUGCCACUGAUAUGGUUUUUUCUGACCUUACUUUUCUGAAUUGAAAAUAUUUGGUAGGCUAGAAUGCUACAUUUACUAGUUGACUUAUCCUGGUCUUAAACCAUAAAAGCAAAAUUCGGUCUCGUCUUCAUCCAGACUUAGCAGAGGGAUAGAGACCCUGAUAGAAAUACAGUUCAGUUGCACUGCUCUUCGUAUAUGGAAACAAUACCUCUGGCCCAUGACCAGCAGGACACAGCGUUUUCUUACAUUUUUACUAGUAUUAAGGGGAGCAUUUUCUUGGAGCCAUCCACGCCCUUUAGCUCAGUGUCUGCAAACACCAGUGCCUUUCAGUGGGUCUGGGUCCCCCAAGAGCAGUAUCUCAGGGCAGCAUAUAGGGGCUGCAGUGCUCCCGGCGGGGUCGCUGACACUGUCCCUAGUACGGAGUUCACCAGCUGGACCUGACUAGGAAUGUCCACAGAGCACUGAGUUUCCUCCGUGGCUACGCUGUUUCACUGUGUAGUUCUGUAACGUGUCCACGGGUGCUGCAGAGUGUCCUGUACGAUCUCACUCUUAUAACAAAGCCUGGUUGUUUUUUUUUCCUUCUGUUACAUUGCAACUUUAUGACGUCUAUUGUACUUAUUUUAUAUAAUUCAAGUUUUAAAAACAAACAUUUGGGAGUGGCUUCAACAGUUUAAUUUUGGCCGUGCCUAAAAAUCUAAUUUUACGUCCCUGUGACUGUGUCUGAAGGAAGUUAGGCAGUAGGUGUGGGGAGGCAGGUGGCUUCCGUUUGCCUAAAUCUACCAUAUUACUAGCUGGUAGUUAAAACACCUCUCCUUUUGAUUGAACCCAUUGAAUUUUGCUAGGUUUUUCUUUCCCUUCUUUCAUUUUGGUGUUUGGAGUUGCCCAGGGUUUCCUCUGUGGUUUCCUUCUCUGAAGCACACCCUCCGGGGCAUCGUGAGUGACCCCGCUGUGCCCCCACUGGCCCUGCUGGCCUUCAGGAGGCUUUCCACCAGCGACUCUGCUUCUCUCUCCCCGCCGGUGCCAGGCUCUUGUCUUGGGACCCCAGUUCCUCCUGCUUCUCCACAAGCAGACCUGGAGGAGCUGCCUGUCCUGGCAUCGAGGGGCGAGACAUGCCUGUGACCUGGGGCCGAGCAGCAGCCGAGCGGCCACGGCCAUGGCCACACUUGCGCGGGCAUGCUCCUCCCCACUGCUGCCUCUGCGCUCAGCUGGCCUGGCUGGACCCGAGCCGUGUGGCCAGUGUGGCCUGGACUCAGCCCCAGGAACUCGCUGUGCCUGAGUCACGGAGGGGAGCGCAGCGUCCGGGCCGCAGGAGUAGAGGCCAAGCGUUUCAAUGUUGAGAGUAGCCCUGCGCGGAGUGGGAGGUGACUCUCUAGUUUUCAGUCUUUCUGAGAAGGAGUGGGCAGUGGGGACUGUUUGGUUAGGGCUCUUUUCUUUUUAAGAUGUUUCACUAGAUGGGAGGCAGGCUGUUCUCCUGCCGCUGAGUCCCCGACCAGUACUGCGGUGCUAACUGUGGUGUCCUCCUGUUUCCCUGUCGCCGCCCCCAGGCACCACACGGUCACCCGGGGCAUCACCAAGGGUGUGAAGGAGGACUUCCGCCUGGCCAUGGAGCGCCAGGUGUCCCGCUGCGGGGAGAACCUGAUGCUGGUGCUGCACAGGUUCUGCGUCAACGAGAAGAUCCUGCUGCUG